GUUUGUUUCACCGUUCAAAUUCCCCUUCAACCACUCCUACUAUCCAACCAUCCCUCACACUCCUCAACCCUACCACCAAAAUGUCCCGCCCCGAAAAUACCCUUCCCCCCGACCUUUUCUACAACGACACCGAAGCCCUUAAAUACACCACCUCAUCCCGAAUCCAAAAAAUCCAAUCCUCCAUGACCCACCGCGCCCUCCAACUCCUCCAACUAAAAUCCCCCUCCCUCCUCCUUGAUAUUGGCUGCGGCUCCGGACUCUCGGGCGAAAUCCUUUCCGCCCCCUCCUCUGCCGGCACGCCCGGUGGCCCCCACAUCUGGAUCGGCUUGGACAUCAGCAGCAGCAUGCUCGGGAUAGCAUUAGAAAAGGAGGUGGAGGGGGAUUUAUUUCUGGCGGAUGCGGGCCAGGGCGUUCCGUUCCGCGCAGGCACAUUCGACGCCGCCAUCUCAAUCUCCGCAAUCCAAUGGCUCUGCAACGCCGAAUCGUCCUCCGAGUCCGCCUCUGGCCGUCUCUCCCGCUUCUUCAACGGCCUGUACGCUAGUUUACGCCGCGGCGGACGGGCCGUGUGUCAGUUCUACCCCAAGAACGACACGCAGAAGACCAUGGUGAGUUCGGCGGCGGUGCGCGCCGGUUUUGGCGCGGGGUUGCUGGAAGAUGAUCCGGGCACGAAGAAUGCGAAAACAUAUCUCGUGCUGACGGUUGGCGGGGGGGAGUUGGAUGGGGAUAUUACGGGGGUGGUGAGGGGGAUGGAGGGCGUGGAUGUUAUGGAUCAGCGGAGGAAGGUGAAGGGGAGGAAGAGAGGGGAGGAGAUACAGGGGAGUAAGAAGUGGAUUAUUAGGAAGAAGGAGCAGAUGGAGAGGAAGGGAAAGGUGGUGAAGGCGAAUUCGAAGUAUACGGGGAGGAAGAGGAGAAUUGCUUUCUGA